AAUAUUUAUUUAGUUGAUCUCAGAAUGUUUCAUUUCAUUAAAUGAAACACUGCCGGUUCGUUAUGUAUGAUAACUACUAUCAGUAUGAAACAAUAGGGCGGUCAUCCUAUCCUCAAGUCAAUCCUAACCUCAGUCCUCCUAAACGGGUCUUUUGAGAUAGACGUAACGCAUCAUGGGAUGGCAAAUGUUUUCGUUAAUUAUUUUCACGUCUCUGUGCUUCGGGUUUGUGAUGAGUAAUCUACCACCUUUAACAAUUGAAGCAAUCAGUCCAAGAGGGAUAAAAAUUAAAAUGCCAGAUGAUGGUUUUUCAUUAUUUACGAUGACUGCUAGUCUCAGACGGGGCCUUCACACGACGCAGUGGAAAAUAACAAUACCAUCGGCGAAAAAUGGAUAUUGGACUUCUGUAGAUCGAAAUAUCGAUUUACGCUUAGGAGACGUUGUAUAUUGCAAUAUAAUAGCUUACAAACAAAAUAUUCAAUUCCAAGAAAAUAAAAUAUGGACUGUUCGUGAAUUGGUGCCGGAUUCAGAAUAUAUAAAUUGUGUAAUCUCCGAAACACGUACGCCAUGUUCCAAUCAAAUUUGUAAAAACACUUUGAUCUACAGCGACGAAUUCAAUAACGAUAAGUUGAUGUGGAAAAAGGAGGUCAUGUUUCCACAGGGGCCUGACUAUCCGUUUAACGCCUACGAAACUAAAGCGAUACGUGUUGAAAAUGGAACACUAAUUAUAAAACCCGAAAUUUCUAUAUACGCCAGAAGAGAAAAUGCCGAGUACAGUCAGUGGGACCUGGGCAGUUCGUGCACAGGUGAACUUGGCACUAGAGAGUGUAUUCAAACGUCGUCUGGCGCUCAAAUCCUCCCACCAAUUACAAGUGGGAAAAUAUCCACAAAAGGUUUAUUUAGUUUUAAAUUUGGCCGAAUUGAUGUGCGCGCUAAGCUACCAGUUGGAGAUUGGUUGAUACCGGAAAUCAAUCUGGAACCUUUAAAUCAUGAGUACGGAAAAGAUCACUAUGCGUCAGGGCUACUGCGAAUUGCCUAUGUUAAAGGAAACCAGGAAUUUUCUAAAGAACUCUAUGGGGGACCAAUUGUAUUCGAUAGUGAGCCUUUGAGAUCGAUAUUUUUGACAAAACACUACAGUUCUGUUCAUUGGAAUAAUGAUUUUCAUGUUUACUCAUUAAUUUGGAAGCCUGAUGGUUUUCAACUAUUAGUGGAUGAUUUACCUUAUGGCACAUUUAUUAAAAGUACUGAUCUUGAUGAAUACCUCAUUUCCGAAUUGCCGCCGCAAUCAGAGAGCUGGGCAAGAGGAACCCCUAUAGCACCUUUGGAUCAAUUGUUCUACAUAUCACUCGGAGUACGUGUCGGUGGAAUCAACGACUUCACUGAUAGCCCACUCAAGCCCUGGAAGAAUAGUAACAGCAAAGCUAUGUACAAAUUUUGGCAAUCUACACUCUCGUGGCGCCCAACAUGGACUUCGCCAGAAUUGGUCGUGGACUACGUCCGUGUAUACUCUUUGUGAAUUUUAAUUAUAUGUGUUUAAAUUGUGUAAAAUUAUUUUGUUUAUUUUCCUUGA